AUGUCGACAACCACAUCUGAGACGACACGCUCACAAACCAACUCGAACUCACCUGCGUCAGCCGUCCAAUACCGGUCGCUGCCGGUCCAUCCCGCGACGCACGACAUUGUCGACAUUGACUUUGAGGAUAAAGAAGCACAAGAAGACGAAGAGGACAGCGACGAUAGCGAAGGCGACGACGACGACAAGAGCAACAGCAACAGCAACAGCAACAGCAACAGCAACAAUAAUAAUCACCAUAAUAGAGACAACGAUAACGACAACAUAAAAGCCGAAGACGCAGACCAAGACGAAGACGAAGACGACGGGCUUGCCUUUGCCCCGAUUGCUCUGGCGCAGUACCACAGCAUCGCGGAGAAGCUAGGUUCGAACAACGUCUUCCGCAUCCUACGCUCGCCUGCGCCGAUUCGUGUAUGGGUGUACCGCUCGCUGCUUGCCGAGAACUGGCUGUGGAACCAGUGGGACCGGCCUGCACUUGCCCGACAGGAUAUGGAGAGGGAAGAUGCGCUUGAUGAGGCCGACCCUGGCGUAGAGGACGGUCAGGAAAAUCAGGAAGGUCAGCAAGGUGCAAAGGGCCUCAAUGAAGGUGCAAAAGGCGUCAAGGAAGGUGCAGACGUCUUCUCGGCUUCUGCUGCUUCUGCUGCUUCUUCUUCUUCUUCUUCUUCUUCUUCUUCUUCCUCCUCCUCCUCCUCUUCUCCUUCACCUUCUCCCUCUCUAUCUCCCUCCCCUUCCCCCCCUUCCCCUUCUCCUUCUCCGCGACCCUAUCUGACCCGCCUGCGACUCGCCCUCGCCCCCUACACGGUUCACUUCCACAACCCGGGCUACAUACGCGACGAUACCCUGCGCAUGCUGGAGCGCGACGUGGUCAAGAGGACGCUCGAGGAGUCGCGCAAGAGCGUGGAGCUGCGCGAGGAGCUAGGUCUCUCGUACGAGUUCUGGGACGAUCUCGCCGGUGUGCUCAAGGCUGCCAUCCCUUCGCUGGAGCGCCGCUGCUUUGCUGCACCAGACCCCGCCGCCCCCGAGUACGAGGGCUUGUCGGGGCCUCUCAUAGCCAGUUGCUCCCCCAGCCUGCUGCGCGACCUUGAGCGGCUAAACCAGCUUGUAUGCAUUGCACGCAACGUCCAGGUCUAUGGCGAACGCGUGCAGAACUUGAGCGCCGAGCGACUCUUUGACAAGGACAUCUUCGCCCUCAUCAACGUCUGUGUCCGCGUCACGGCGCGAGGCUAUGAUGGCGAAGCAGGCACCCAGGACGAGGACAAAUGGCAGAGUGUUAUCAACGCCUACAAGAAACUGCUCAUAUCCUGUCUCCAAUUUCUCAACAAUCUCAUCGCGCGCAACGAGCAGCGCAAGCUCAUGCUGUGGAUCGAGCUCUUCGACAGCCAUUUGGAUAGUGAGCUGCCCAACUUCGCCGACAUGAAGUACAAGAUGGAAGACUUCCCACAGCAAGACCAAAGUCCUCCACAAGAAGAACAUCCUCUUCAUGGCCAUGCAGCUCGCAGUCUAGAAACAUUCAAAAUCCCGCAACAACCUGCUUCGUCCCCAUUUCUGCUAUACAUUGGUGAGACAGGAAACGAAGUUAAGAAGGCUUUGAUGCAACACGGUGUCAAAGCGGGAGCCAAUGAGAUUGCCGCAGAGUGCCGGCGCAGGUGGCAAACCAUGAGCGAGGAAGACAAGAACAAAUGGAAUAUGUUGUACGCUGACGUUGUCGCGCGAUAUCGGGACCAGAUAACCCAGUCAAGCACCUACAGAAAGGUGGUCGAUCAGCAUGCGAAGAACGAAGAGAGCGUACAGGCACUUGCUAAAAGCAUCAAUCAGCUGCAGAUUGAGGUAGAUCGCAUGCGAUCCUCGAUCGCUGUAUUUCCAGAGGGCUCGACCUCCGAUCAACAGGCGUCCCCUGUCAUGGAAACAAAACAUCCCGCAAGACCAGUAACGCAUGACCCAUUACUAGAUCCCAGCAUCAAGCGGUCUCCCCCGGCAGGUGAGAUCGAUUUCCGUGUGACAUAUCCGCCGUCCUUUGGUGCGGAGAUACUCCAAAAUGGCAAAGAAGAUCUCUUGAAGCGUCUGGAGCCAGACCCCGACCGUCCAUCAGGGCUAAUCAGUGAUGUAGCCUCUCCGACCUCCCCUCCACCAGAGGAUGACGACGAGAAUGAUGACGAGUACGACGACAUUCCAGGGGAUGAGGGACGAGGCUUACUUACCGACGUCCCACUUAUACUAGGCCCUACCGAGAUUGAGGUCUUGCCUAUGAUCAUCAUGGCAGGGAUUGUUGAGCCACAAGAAGGGCAGCCAGGCUAUCACUCUGACUCAACUGUCUUCAGUAGUGUCAGGAGCAUGCAUGGUGUACGAUGCCAUCUUCUACUCGCUCAGGACAACGGCCGCAACCUGUUACGUGAAUUAUUGAUCUUCGUUGCUGCAUGGGAUCUACGGGAAGAGGAGCUCUAUUUCAAAUUCAUGGUCAAAAUCAUGGAAGCCAUUCUUGCAAAUCAGUUGUUACCGUUUGCUUACCAUGCUUUCAGAGAAUCGGAGUCCAAGGAUAUCAUUUCGCCUGCCCAAGCAGUCAUCAUGAAACUUCUCACUAACAUCUUCCGAGCCAGACAGGCUCGCGCUCAGCCCACAAAGGGCCACCUCAAAACUGCACCGCCACAGGUAGACCAGGGUGACGUACACAUGGUCAAUUUUCUCCUCACCGAGUUUCGCCGUCACAUUAUCCCACAGACUUGCGCACUCAUUUUCCUGCAAGGACAGAUACGCGCAGGACAUGCCCAGCCUGAAGACUUUCCUUUGAAUUUGUGGGAUAUGGAACGCAUGUACGAAGGUGUAUAUCAGUAUCUCGAGUUUUUUGCCAUUCUCACAGAGCAUGAGACAUGGAAGCGAAUGUUGAGCAAUUGGGAGAUUGCCAACGAACUCGUCACUUUGUUGAAGGAGCUCGAUGCAGCCAUUCCGAAGGGUCAGCUAUCCCCGCCACCACUACGAAAUGUGGGACAUGCCCCGCCUCCUCCACCGCCUGUGGAAGUAGAUAUUCCUCCUCAGCAUCAUCAACAAGCACAAGACCAAGAACAACAAAUGCAUAUGCAACAGCAACGACGACAGAUGCAAUUACAGCAGCAGUAUCAGGGACAUCAAGAGCAACAAAUGCAGCAGCAAAACCAACAGCAACAGCAACAGCAACAGCAACAGCAACAGCAACAGCAACAGCAACAGCAACAGCAACAGCAACAGCAACAGCAACAGCAACAGCAACAGCAACAGCAACAGCAACAGCAACAGCAACAGCAACAGCAACAGCAAAACCAGUCUGAGCACCAGUCACAACCGCAACCUGUCGCAGUGGAGCGACCGUACGACACGACCGCAGCCGCAACUGAACCGUACAUCGCCCCCCCUACAUCACCAUCACCACGCCCAUACAUGGACGAAGCCGCAGACGAGCCUUCCGACUUCGAAUGGCGCAACCUUAAAAAGCUAGCGGUCCUUGUGCUAAGCUCCUUGGUCUGGAAGAAUAAAAAUGUACAAGACCAAAUUCGACCGCUCGGUGGCAUCGAAGCUGUUCUAAAUUGCUGUUCGUACGACGAACACAAUCCCUACAUCCGCGAGCAUGCAAUUAUGUGUCUGCGUUUUCUUAUGGAGGGAAACAAAGAGAAUCAAGACCGAAUCCGCGCGCUCGAGAAAUACAAUCAAGACUCAAAAGCAAAGACUGCUGCGCCUUCUGCGCCAGACGCACCUGGGGAAAAUAGAGCACCGGUGAACGUACGUGUUCCAGAUGAAGUCCUAGAUCAACAGGGUUAUGAGACGUACAUGGAUAGUAAAGGCCAGGUUAUGCUACGAAAACGCCAACCACUGCCUCAACAGCUCCCGUCGCGAGAUCCGGGAAAAGGAAAGGCGAAGAUCGAUAUGGGGAUGCGGGAUCCGAAGGCAUUGGAGGAGUUAGUACAGCAGGUUAUGCGGGAUCUACCGAGGGUGCAGGGGCUAAGGGGUGGAGAAGAGAGGGCGGCGGAGGCGGAGGAGGCGUUGAAGAAGUUGGAUCGGGGGUUUGAUGGGGGUAGUUCAAAGGGAUGA